AUGGAAUGCAAGACGAUAAGUGUGCUCAAGAUCAGCGACUAUACAGUUUACAUAUUUUUUUUUUUGUAGAUACAAUUCUUAGGCGCUGUCACCGUGAUCCAGGCUGGUCUUUAUGUACCCGAUUCGGAUCGAAAUACGCAAAUACUGAAAAAGGAGGUGGAUGUGGCUCCAAAUGGAAACUUUAACUAUGAAUAUGAGACGUCCAAUGGCAUUGCUGAGCAACGGUCGGGAAUGGAAGGCGCCACGGUUCAGGGUGGUUCCAGUUACACCUCACCCGAAGGCAUUCCCAUCAGCAUCAGCUAUGUGGCCGAUGAGUUUGGCUACUAUCCCGUUGGCGAUCACAUACCCAAGGUGCCCGAUUACAUAUUGAAAUCAUUGGAGUACAUACGGAAUCAUCCCUAUCAGAUAAAGGAUUACUACACGGGCGAACUUAGAACCGUCGAUCAUAAUGCAAAGGCCUUUGAGGUCUACUCUCGACCCAGCACCACAUCCGAAGUGGUGCACCGCAGCUGAGUGCGUUUGUGGAGUGGAGUUUAGUGGGGCAAGGGGGUUAAAGUUAAGGCAACAGCAACUGUGAAUUUUGAUCUGAACAAUUAAUUAAGCCACAAUAAAUAGAAGUGUUA